AUGGGGAGAAUUCUAGUCGGAUUCAACCACAAGAAUAUCACUUUUUUCUUGAAGAGCAUAGAUUGCACAUCAAAAACACUCGAAACUACAAAUGCGCCUUAUGCACCGGAAAGUGCUUCUACCCCAUCUCCAAGAGUCCAACUGGAACUUCAACCACAACCAAUGGAUUCUACAUCUCCCAAGAUAAUUGUCUAUCACAAAAAAAGCCAAAUGCCGAAGGAAAUAGAGACUCUAGCAGAUUUAUAG